GACAGCUUGUUCCAAUUGAAGUUGCACGCCAGUCGUCACUGCCAGUUGAGGGGCUCGCUUCGUGCUGCUUACUGUGCUACCUCAAUCAUUCAUUCAGUUUACUCAGCCGAUAGACGCCCUGCCUUUAUCGCGGGCACUAACUGGCUCACCGAAGACCGCGACCUUGCACAUAUUCGACGACCUCUCCGCAUGGUCGUCAAGCACGUUUGAGAAAUGGCGGCGAAAUCACGAUUUACACGGUUAGAUGCGUUCGCCAAAACGGUGGAAGAUGCUCGCGUCCGAACCACGUCUGGUGGAGUCAUCACCAUAACCUCGCUACUGGUUAUCUUCUGGCUUGUAUGGGGAGAAUGGGUGGAUUACAGGCGCGUGGUGGUCCUGCCCGAGUUGGUGGUGGAUAAGUCAAGAGGAGAGAAGAUGGAGAUUCAUCUCAACGUGACCUUUCCCCGGCUCCCUUGCGAGAUGUUGACCCUCGAUGUUAUGGACGUGUCAGGCGAGCAACAGACUGGCGUGGCCCAUGGCAUUAACAAAGUGCGCCUGACUUCAGAGGCCGAAGGAGGCCGUGUGAUUGACGUGAAAGCUCUAGAGCUCCAUUCCUCAAAGGAAUCCGCGAAACACCUGGACCCCGACUACUGCGGCGAAUGUGGUGGCGCACCCGCACCGGCUGGCGCCAUCAAGGCUGGAUGCUGCAAUACCUGCGAAGAGGUCCGCGAAGCUUAUGCCCAAAAGCAAUGGGCCUUUGGCAAGGGAGAGAACAUUGAGCAAUGUGAUAUGGAGGGAUAUGCGGAACGCAUCGAUGCACAGCGUCGGGAAGGCUGCCGCCUCGAGGGAGUUCUCCGCGUAAACAAGGUGAUCGGUAACUUCCACAUUGCGCCCGGGCGCAGUUUCACCAGUGGUAACGUCCAUGUGCACGAUCUUGCGACUUUCUUCGAGCCCAACCUGGCCGAGAACGAGAAACAUACCAUGACCCACGAGAUUCAUCAGCUUCGAUUCGGACCGCAGCUGCCUGACGAGCUGUCAGAUCGCUGGCAAUGGACAGACCACCACCAUACAAACCCCUUGGAUAACACUAAGCAGGAGACUAGCGAGCCUGGGUACAAUUUCAUGUACUUUGUCAAGGUGGUUUCGACAUCGUACCUCCCUUUGGGCUGGGAUCCGCUAUUCUCGUCUUCCAUCCACAGCGCCUAUGACAAGGCCCCUCUCGGUGCCCACGGCAUUGCCUAUGGAGCAGAGGGAAGCAUCGAAACCCAUCAGUACUCGGUGACCUCCCACAAGCGGUCUCUGCGCGGUGGCGAUGCCUCAGACGAAGGUCACAAGGAGCGGCUCCACGCUGCGAACGGCAUCCCAGGUGUUUUCUUCAACUACGAUAUCUCCCCGAUGAAGGUCAUCAACCGCGAAGCUCGCCCUAAGACGUUCACUGGAUUUUUGACUGGAGUCUGCGCGAUCGUUGGUGGCACUCUGACUGUGGCAGCUGCCAUCGACCGUGGGCUAUAUGAGGGUGUCAACAAGAUGAAGAAGCUUCAUUCGAGCUGAGACUAUCUCUAUUGCCCUUAUAGUAGCCCGCAAGGGAUUCACAAGUAGAAAUGGAGAAAGG